AUGCGAUUUUGUUCAUUCAGAUCAAUCAAUCAAUCAAUCUAUCUAUCUAUCUAUCUAUCUAUCUAUCUAUCUAUCUAUCUAUCUAUAAUUUUUUUCUACGGCCUCUAUUAUUUUUUUAAACCUCCAUUUUUUCAUAUUUUCCCAAUUGUUUCUUCUUCUUUUUCCUUCCCUAUCUUAUUUCCCUGUUUAUCUUAUUAUAUCUUUUCCUUCAAUCCUUUAUCCCUCCGUUGCCUUCUUCAAUCCAAUUUUUUUAUCUUCAUUUCUUCAAUUAUCUCGGCGCCUUUCUUUUCCUCUAUUUUUCUCUCUGCUUUCAGUUUUCAUUUCUUCUUCUUCUUCUUUAUCUUCUUCGUCGUCGUCUUCUUCUUCUUCUUCUUCUCCUCGUCACAUCGUUAUGCACGGGUCAUUGUUUGUUCAUCGAAGUCCAUCGAUCUGCAAUCUACAAUCUUCAUUGACUUAGUUGAAUCUGUUUGCAAAACACGUCAGCAACGGCCGCCUCUGUCCGGUCCGGUCGAGGCCGGACAACAGUGGACGAAAAUCAGAAUGGUCGAAUCCAAAACGGUGCAGGUGUGUAUGCUGUGCAUGCCGGGUAAUCAAUGCUUAUUGCUGCCUCUUCCACUGGUCGCCAUUCCUUUCCUCCCACGUACGUUCUUGUGUUUCUCUUGGACCGUUGGGCGUUCGGCUUGA